CGUGACGUUCCAUUGGGCGGCGUGUUCGAGAGCCCCGCCCAUCGCCCUCCGCUCGGUUUGGCGGGAAAAGGCGGCGCGCUUUUGGCGCCAAAACCGUGAGGGAGCCGGAGAGGGAAGAGGACGGAGCCGGGAGGAAGGAUGGCGGCGGCGGCGGUGCUGGACGACGCGGAGCUGAGGGAGGCCCAGAGGGACUACCUGGACUUCCUGGACGACGAGGUGGGCCGGGCGGCGGCCGAGCAUGUGCAGAGUGCAACUUCGUGACUCGUUAGGACUCGGGCCUCGGCGCGCCUCGCUUCGUAAAAUUGAAUUCAUUGGAAUCCCGAUUUUGUGGGCGACGCGCCUCGGUGCCUGUGGAAACCUCUUGCGUCCUCCUCGGGCCGAGCGGGGCUGCGAAGGGGCUUUGGCGAAAGGCCGGGGGGGGGGGUCAUAGGGGUGAGGCAGGCCUAGGUGGGUGGGGGUCCCCUGGGGGAAGGAGGGCUUAAGCCCCCAGGGGAUAGAGCUCACGCCCAUCCUGAUGGUUAUGCUGCGUGGAUAUACAUAUAUAUAUGCGCGUAUAUGUGUGUAUACAGUGGUACCUCAGGUUACAUACGCUUCAGGUUACAUACGCUUCAGGUUACAGACUCCACUAACCCAGAAAUAGUGCUUCAGGUUAAGAACUUUGCUUCAGGAUGAGAACAGAAAUCGUGCUCUGGCUGCGUGGCAGCAGCAGGAGGCUCCAUUAGCUAAAGUGGUGCUUCAGGUUAAGAACAGUUUUAGGUUAAGUACGGAUCUCCGGAAUGAAUUAAGUACUUAAACUGAGGUACCACUGUACAUAUACACACACACACACACACACAGCGGUACAUCUGGAUACGAACGGGAUCCGUUCUGGAGCCCUGUUCGCAUCUUGAAGCGAACGCAGCCCACGUCUGCGCAUUGCGAUUUGCCGCUUCCGCACAUGCGCAUGACAUCAUUUUGACCGUCUGCGCAUGGGUGAGCCUUCCGUUACUUCCGGGUCACUGCGGAGCGCAACCCGAAAGUGCUCAACCUGAAGCAACUUCAACCCGAGGUAUGACUCUGUGUGUGUGUGUGUGUGUGUGUUUGUGUUUGUGUGUGUGUGUAUACAUAUAUAUAUAUAUAUAUAUAUAUAUGUACAGGUGUAUAGUUGCGAUUGUUUCUAUUUGGCGGGGGGCGUGUCACCCUGCGUGGUGCCGGAGUCCCUUACAAUGCUUUGGGUCUUGGGCUCUAGCAAAGGUUGUGAUCUGAUAUUUGUUGCAGGAGGACCAGGGGAUUUACCAGAGUAAAGUCCGGGACAUGAUUAGCGACAACCAGUACCGCCUGAUUGUGAACAUCAAUGACCUCCGAAGAAAAAAUGAGAAAAGAGCCAGUCGGUAAGUUAAACUUGCGCUGGGUCACCGCGGAUAGAUAGAUAGAUAUAGUGUGUGUAUGUUGAGAUUCCUGUAUUGCAGAGGGGUUGGACUAGAUGACUCUAGGGGUCCCUUCCAACUCUUACCCUUCCCCCUCCCUUUUCUUUUGGUUAGCUACAGUACUUGUAAGCUCAGGAACAUCUCACUGCCUCCUGUACAACUGUUUUUUUAAUAAAUGAAUACAAAUAGAUCUGCUGUAUAUAAUGCAACGUUUAAGACACAAAAGCCUUAAUAUGCAUCACACUGGAAUGGAAUCAAAGAACUGCAUAUGACAGCUACUUUUUAAAGAAUAAGAUGCUACUGUCAAUGUGAUUGAUAAACAAUGGUUUAAAAUUGCCACAGUAAGAAACUUGUAUAUGUGGAAUUAAAUCUGGAGCAGGGUUUGAAAAUAUAAAACAGCCCAUUGAGUGGUAACACAAUUUAAACAACAACCUCAAAAGAGUUGAAAAAGGAAGAGAAGGCUGUCUUAAGCGCUUUUCAGGAGCCAUGGUGGCUGAUUUCUCUGGCUCUUGUCAUUGGAAAGCUUCCAGGUGUUGCAUUUCUUAGCUAGAAAUUGUGGAGUUGGAAGGACCCCUGAGGAUUCUCGCCCUGCAAUGCCCAACCCCUUGCAGUGCAGGAAUCUCAACUAGAUCAUGCAUGAAAUCCAGGUUUCUCCCAUCUUAUAUUUAUGCAGCGGAUUCUUCCUGCCUAAAUGUUAUGAAGAUCUAGCAUACGUAGAGUAAAAUGGCAGAAGUUGAUGUAGUUUCCAUUUAGGAAGAAAGAACUGUUUGGCCACAGAGAUGGGAAAGGGGAGGAAGGCCAAUAAGCAUCCCUUAGAAGACCAGGGAUCUUCUGUCUCCCUUCCCCUGGAAAAAACUGCCAGCAACUGACAUAUUGGUAGGGGCUGACAUGGCAUUAGGGAUUCUGACACCAGAGUCUUGUUCAUCUUUGCUCCAGUUUGCUGAACAGUGCCUUUGAGGAGAUGGUGGCUUUCCAGCGUGCCCUGAAGGACUUUGUUGCUUCUGUUGAUGCCACCUAUUCCAAGCAAUAUGAAGAUUUUUACAUUGGGCUUGAGGGAAGCUUUGGAUCUAAACAUGUGACACCACGGACGUUGACAUCCCACUUUCUCAGCUGCAUUGUCUGUGUGGAGGGUAUUGUAACGAAAUGUGAGUUAAAAAACAAAGUGAGGACAGCUUUUAAUACUGCAUGGAUGGGAAUGUAAUGGGACCAAUGGUAGUCUUCUCAAGCACUUGAUUUCUCUGCGAAAACAUGUACCAUCAGUGGUCUAAAUAAAUGACUGCAGGGCAAAGCUAAGUGUGGCAUAAUGGAUAUAGUGACCCUAUUUGGUGUUGCCUUGAAGUAUAGAGAAAACAUGGGGGGGGGCAGUGGCAAUGAGUAUGCUGCCCACAGGCCUCAACUUGCAGAGGACAACUGUGUGAAGCAGGGAGCUUCUUGUUUCCAUGAGUUCAAUGGGUUCCACAAUGCACAAGGUGCCUCCUUGCAUGCAGGACUCCGGAGGGUGCCUGUUUCACACAGUUGCUCUCUGCAAGUCUGCAAAUCAAGGCUGAUAGUGCCAGACUGAAGAGGGCAGGGGCGCAGCGAUCACACAACCCCUUGUUUUCUCCUGUGUGUUUUUAUGUGCCUUGUAAUACCUGUAUAGGUCUUAUGUAUUUGGGUGGAAGUAAAUGUUACCUUGGCAAAUGCCUUUUUGACUGGGGUGGGGCCGCUCACAAAGGAAGAUGGGUGGCUGAGGACAUUUGUGUGGAAACAGUGGUACGGGGAGUGGGCCAGGAGCAGCAGAAUCUUCCCCCAGCCAGCUUGGAGACUGUCAAUCUAGCUUUGGGAUUUCUUCCUGUCUUUGCAUUAGCUGGAAGAGAGAGAGUGUAGGAAUCUGACAAGGAAUUGGGAAUGUUGAAGCACGUUCUGAAAAAGAACAUUCAUGAGCUCUGAUGUUGGUCAUGGCUAUUGCUGGGGAGUAAGGAAGCACCUGUGGGAAAUAGAUUUCCUUUGGGGUCAGUUACAGCAUAUUUAAACAGGUAUUUAGGCUGUAGCCCUGGACAGAAUCAGGCUUUUAAUGUUAGGCUCUGAAAUGGAAAUUUGGAAUUUCACUUGCGAAUGUCUGGGGUGAAUGCUGUUAAUGCAACAUCUCUUUUUGCAGAGUAUUGUGACCUAAAACAAAAUUAAAGGCUGUUCCCACUCCAACACAGGUUCUUUGGUCCGCCCAAAGAUUGUGCGCAGUGUACACUAUUGCCCUGCUACCAAAAAGACAAUUGAGCGCCGGUACACAGAUAUGACAUCCCUGGAACCUUUUCCAUCAGCUGCUGUUUACCCUACCAAGGUGAGCCAAGUGGGUUUCGUGUCCUCGAGGGUGUUCCCAUCAACAGGAUGGGCAUUCCUCAGUGGAUCUUUUAUCCAAAUUAUCUCAAUUCUAUUUUCUCCUCAGUUUCCUACCUCUUUAAGAGCACUUCUUUCAUGUAUUCUUUUUCUGCUAAAAGGAGAGAGAAUUGAGGGAGGCUAUUUGUCCUGCUGCCCUUUGUGCUCCCUGAAAAUUGGUUCUAAAUGAUGCACCACCCAAAGAAAAUUGUUGUCUGAAAGGGUUUGUGCUGUUCAAUAUCUCUAUGUGUAACCCCUCCUCCAAAACAGCUGCUGCAGCAACACAUGCUUCUGCAACUGGUUCUGCAUAGUGAUCUACAGGAUAUACUGGUCAGCUUGUAACCUUCCUUAACUGUGACGAUUUUGUUUUGGCUGAAAAACCAGCUGUGUCGUGAUACAUUGUGAACUGCCCUGAGACCUGCAGGUAUAGGGCAGUAUACAAAUUUAACAAAUAAUAAUAGCAGAAAGUGUUGAUGUGUUGAAGUAGUGAGUCUACCAGAAUCUCUUCAAUUUAUUUGCCCAUAAAAAAACCAAUUAUUUUAUGAUCCUCCAAGCUUACAGUUAAAAUAAUCUCUCAUGACGUACCUUGCUAAAUUACUUAACGACAGCAUUUCCCUAAGUGGCACUUGGACCAUGCCUGGGCACUACCCAGUGUGGACAUAACAGGCUACACUAAAAAGCAAGUUAUAUUUUUAUCUUACACUGGUUAUCUAGGAUGAAGAGAACAACCCGCUUGAGACAGAGUUUGGCCUGUCUACCUACAAGGACCACCAGACAAUCACAAUCCAAGAGAUGCCAGAGAAAGCACCAGCUGGGCAGCUCCCUCGCUCUGUGGACAUCAUUUUAGACGAUGACUUGGUAGACAAGGUGAAACCAGGGGACAGAGUGCAGGUCAUUGGGACGUUCCGUUGUCUGCCAGGAAAGAAAGGUGGCUACACUUCAGGGACAUUUAGGUAAAACGCUCAGCAGGCAAGCUUAUUUGUUGGCGUGCUGUCAUAAAAUCAAACUACUCAGCAAGGCUUCUUGCAAUGGAUUCUUGCCCUUACUACUGCCUACUUGUCACAGAAUCUGCAAACAUUAUCUGCCUAGUUAUGGUAAUGAUAUUACAACAUUUUAAACUUCAUUCCUCUUGUCUGUUAAAUCUUCUGGCAGUUUACAAAGAUUCUGCCUUGUUCUAGGGAAGGUACUGCUAUGCCAAGACCUGCCCCCCCCCAAUUCUAUAAGAGGAUUAAUGUCAGUUUAUUUCACAAAGGACAUUGCCAAAUAUAUGUGCUGAAAAAAUUCCAGAUAGCCUGACUUCUAAAGUGCAUCAUGUAGAUCUUAGUUCUCUUGAUAAAUUGUGUGAUUCUGCCCUUCACACAUGUUAUUAUGAUCCUUUUAAGCAUUGACUUGCUGUUUCUGGUCUGUGUGAUCUCUGUUGGCCUCUCUCAGUAUGAGGUGGUUUUUUUUGUGUGUGUGUUUCUCUGUCUCUCUCCCAUCAUAAGAAUUUGCCUGAAGCCCCUCACAAAAUGGUUGCCUUUGUUUCUCCUCCAUCACACAUUUCUCCUAAAAUUGCAGGUGGUGCAUACAUAAGAAUUUACACAUGCCAAUAUGUAAAUUGUGAAUGCAAAAUCUGAUAAUCCCUCUAUCCUCCCAUUGAACAUGCCAUUCUUAAAUGCAGGAGAGUAGCAGCACCCAGAAGACUUAGUAUCAUAUUCAGAGGUCCACAAAUUGUUCUUUGGCUUAGUAGCCAAUUAAUACUUUUCCUAGGUAAUUUGGGUUUACUAGAAGUGCUUCUGAAGGGUUUUCCCUUUCUGCUGAUCAAGUGCAACCUGCCUGUCCUCACACUAAAUUAAGGAGAAGGGGCUGUAGGACAGAUGACAUUGUUCCCCAUCUGUGUGCACAGGCUUCCCCCACUUCAGACUUGCCUUCAAUAUGAGGCCAGUAUUGGGAAGCAGCCGUGGCAGGGAGGUAGUGUGUAAUUAGUUCAGGUUCAUCGUGGCUUGUGUACAUAGUGCUAAACCAUGGCUUCUAGCUGCAUGUGAACCAGCCCAUCAUCUUGGAGACCUUUCAUGUAGUAUAAGAAGAAAGCAGACAAAGACUCUUCAGAUGGUGUUUUAUCUCUGUGUGUGUUUUAAAAAAAACCUGGAGAUACAUUUUAGUGAAUAUAAGUCUUUUGAAAAUUUAAAACAUUAUAGCUCUGCAGAUAUUAAUGUAGUGAAGUGGAGUAUGGCUUUAAAAAGGGUUCCCUGAGCAUUGUACCUUCUCUAAAGUCUCAUUGGAAAUGGACCAAACACUUAUUGACUAAGAUUUGUCAAAAAAAUUUUUGACCAAUCUUCCGCUAAUCUGCAGCUGGUCAGUCUAGACCUGUAACAAAGGGUCUGUGUUUUCUCACCUUCUCUAGGACUAUUCUGAUUGCUUGCCAAGUGAAGCAAAUGAAUAAGGAGGUUCGGCCUGAAUAUUCAUCAGCUGAUAUUUCCAAGAUAAAAAAAUUCAGCAAAAGCCACUCAAAGGUAAAUUGGGCUAUGAUGUUAGGGCAAUUUCACAUAUUUUGCUUGGGAAGAUUCAGGUUUGCUUUAAUGUUGACUCAGCAGAGUUGCAACCAAUCCAUGUGUUUCUUGUAGUCAGUUCUGAGGCGUACAAUGUUUUAACCAUGUGCCUAAAAAUGGAAUGUGUUAAGUGGACCUUGUAAACUUUGUGCUAAAAACUGUGGUUGCAGAGAGGUGUGAAGGGCUUUAGAGCUUAAUUACAAGGAGCCUGUUUAUGGUAAAAUCAAAACUAAAAGUAAGAUUAGGAAUGUCUGCAUUGAAUUUUUAAAAAUCUAUUAUGUUUAAAGCUAUUUUUACUCUGCUUAUUUUAUGGUUUAUUCAGUUUUAAAUUGUGGGGUUUUGUUGUUGUGAGACAUUAAGAAACUUCGGCAUAUACUGGCCUUCAAAUACCGCUAAUAAGCAAAUACAUCUUAGUGUGUUUCUAUAGCGUCAUCUUGCACUGACGUGUUCCAUAAUAUAUCAUGAUCACUGUACUGUAUUACAUUUUUUCAACUGAUACUGAAAAAUAUUAGUUCCAGUAUGGGUGUUACCUUAAACCAGUUCUGACCCUCCAUACAAUUGUGGUGGAACCCUCCUUUUCCUGAUGUGCUUUGAAAGUAAUUUUGAUUUCUGUUGCCAUUUGAAACCGUGGUUGAUUGUCUACGGGCACCUCCUAAUACAUUUUUCUGCUACUUGUUUCCUGAAACUAGGAUGUGUUUGAUCAGCUUUCAAGGUCUCUGGCUCCCAGUAUCCAUGGCCAUGAGUACAUCAAGAAGGCAAUUCUCUGUAUGCUGCUAGGGGGAGUGGAGAAGGUGCUGGACAACAAAAGUCGCCUCCGAGGGGAUAUUAACAUCCUGCUAAUUGGUAUGACUGUGGGCACUUUUCUUUUAAAAAAUAUAUAUCAUGGAAAUGUUCAUAUCUUGCUAGCCAUAGUUUAGAUGUUUUUAGUUGUUUUGAAGAUGUUUAAAUUCUGUUUUGUUGUAUUGCUUUGCCACUUAGUUGUCCUGUAGUAGUUGGGGCCAGGGCCACCCAUCUGUCAAUCACCUAAUGCCUCUGUGACCUUGUGUGACCUGUCUGGGCUUCUGCAAUUUGAAAUCAAACCCCAUGGGCAAAGGCACAGCCCUGUCCAGGUGGCGCUGGUCAGCUGAUAGCCAGCAGUUGUGAAGUCCCGAGCACAGCACUUUGCGUAGGGCUUUUUGGGUGCUGAUCAUCAGCCAAUCAGCAAUGCCUGCAAAACCCUUUUUGGCCCAACUUCAGCUUUGUCUGCCCCAUACCUGAUGCCAUAGACGACAUCAAGUGAGCAUGGUUUGGCCAUGAUAGUCUCAUGGGCCAAAAUGGAAGGCUAGCGGUUCUGUACUGAGGCGGUGUUAACAUCAUAACGAGUCCACUCUCUCUUCUCUUUCAGGUGACCCUUCUGUUGCAAAGUCUCAGUUGCUGCGUUAUGUACUGUGCACAGCUCCACGGGCCAUCCCCACCACAGGCAGGGGUUCCUCUGGAGUUGGUCUGACUGCUGCCGUCACUACAGACCCGGAAACUGGUAAGUAAGCAUUUAUGUGCAGAAGCUGCACAGAUUAUUGGCAGCUUCAUAGAUGGAAACAGUACUCUGGGAGCUAAUUCUGCUAAAUAGCCUGUUUUUCAGGUGGAAUAGCAACCUUUGGCUAAUAUGAACUGCUUAGCAUAUUGCUUUUGCUAACUUGGAGAUGAAUGCUCAAGAAGUUGUGGUCAGUGGAUGGGUGUAAUCAACAUGUGUGCUUCGAUUUUCUGAUCCAGGGCAACUGGAGGCCCAUAGCAAUGGGCUAGACUGUCUUUGAUCUUCUGUAGGACUUACUGAAUGUUAAGGGACAGUGCUGGGACAGCUUACUGUGUUCAUGGAGAUGGGGAAGUAGUAUAACACUUGAGUGCUUGGAUAUCAGUAUUCCAGUUCACCUAGUUGGAAAGGUGUGAAGGGAGCUGUGUCCAAACUCAUGUGUACUCUCAAUUUACUGUCUUCAGGAGAGCGUUGUCUGGAAGCAGGUGCCAUGGUCUUGGCUGACCGGGGUGUGGUAUGCAUUGAUGAAUUUGAUAAGAUGUCUGACAUUGACCGCACAGCUAUCCAUGAGGUGAUGGAGCAAGGUCGCGUUACCAUUGCCAAGGCAGGUAUUCAGGCCCAGCUCAAUGCUCGCUGCAGCGUCCUAGCAGCUGCCAACCCAGUGUAUGGAAAGGUGAGUACUUACGAAUGCUUCUUCAGGCACACCUAAUGGCAAAGUUGUUGACUUUGCAGACCAUUCUGGUUUUCUUUUUAUUGCUUUAAAUUUUGAUACUGGUUUUGUUAGUCACUUUGUGGGGCUGCAGCUAAAGAGGUUGUGCCAUCUUAAAUAUGGGGAUAGCCUUCUUCAGAUGGUCAUAUACAUUCUCACACACUGCUGAUGGUGAACCCCUGGCAUAGUUUCAGGUGAAAUUCUUCAGUUGGCAUCAAUCUGCAUUUUGCACUUUGUUCAGUGACUGGCAAGCAGGUAGGGUGCUUCCUGCCCUCUUUCCCCCAAGUUGAUAGAGAAAGAGUUCUCUGAAACAUGUGAUCCAGAUGAACUUACCACGUGAGUUGAUAUUGUGGUCUUUCAUGCAAUGAGUGAGGUUUGCUGACAGAAACAGGAGAUUCACGAUGCAAUGACCCAGGUACAUGCUGUGAAUUGUACUAAACACAUUUUACUUAAUCCAUUUAUAGCCUGCCUUAUAUAAGAUUUCAGGGUGGAUAAUUUAAUAUUAAACAAUUAAAACAAAGUGCUGUAAUACGUAGGCAAAGGGAACAAGGUAUAUAUGCAUAUGAAUAGACAUGUGAUUGUUGUUGCUCCUAAAAGUGGCUUUAAAAAUGGCAAUAGCCUUGUCAAGCAGGCCAGAGUCACCACAGUGGUUUGUGUUUGUUUGUCUUUAUUUGAAAAUGGAGUUCUUUUAUGUAAUAGAGAAUGAGGGGAAUGUGAAUGGCAAGCUUUGGCUGUCAUUCACCUGCAUUUUCUGUACUUAAAAACAGUACCAUGGUAUGCAUAAGUAGCAAUAUUUGUGCUUCUUAUUUUUUUUAUUUCAGAAAAUGCUGGGUUUCUCUUUAUCGCGCUCCCCAUCCAGUGGGCCUUAUUUCCCUCUUUAGGAAUAAGAUACCCUUAACAGUUGCAGGCUGAACGUGCUGUUUUUUCAUAUAACUUUUUACAGUAUGACCAAUACAAAACCCCCAUGGAGAACAUUGGCUUGCAGGACUCUCUACUGUCUCGAUUUGAUUUGCUCUUCAUUGUCUUGGAUCAAAUGGAUCCAGAGCUAGAUCGGGAGAUUUCGGACCAUGUUUUGCGGAUGCAUCGUUACAGAGCAGCUGGUGAACAGGAUGGAGAUGGUGAGUCUCCCUUCCCGAAAAGCUUUAUGGGAAAUCCUGUGUGACAUGAGAAUUACCCAAGGCUUCUUUCUUUUGUAAGCAACACUCCUGUUGUGCCAUGGCAUAUUUUCAGGUCUUCACUAGCUGUUGUGGGAGGUGCAACGAUCAUGAUAAGUUACCUGUGGAACGCAGGGAUGCUCCUAACAUUAGAUAAGGAAUUCCACUGCAACUAAUAGGAAUCCAGGUUGGAAGUCGAGGAGAAAAUAGAACUUUAGCAUGCAGAUGUGUAGGGGAGAAAAAGCAGAAGACUUUUCUCCUAUCACGGGGAUCAGGGAACCAUUUCAGCCCAAGGGCCACAUUUCCUCCUGGGCAACAUGCCCCUUGUGGGUAGGGUCAGAGUAAAAAAUGGACCGAUAAUGCAAGUUUAUUUCACCACGCCUGCUUUCAUUGUUAGAGGGAGCUUUGGCAACUUGGCUCUUCUCAUCCCUGCAGGGAAGCUGUACCAGCCAGAAUUUCCACUUCUACAUGGCUGUGUACAGGAAUGGUGCCACUGAGCGCACAGUGCAUGCCUAGAGAGGCCCUUGCACAUGUCAGCAAAGGCACUGCCCAAUCGCUAUAAUAUUUUCUCAUCGGUAGUGACUUAAAACUUGCUCUGCUGCCCAGAUUUUUUUUCUCUUUUAAAUGGAGCUUUUCAGGAAACAGUACAGUGAGAAGGUGCUGGUUUUCACGUCUGUUGCUAUAGUAAUUGAAUGUGACCUAGAUAUGUCUCCAGGCAACCCUUCCCUUCUAUUUCCAGCCAUGCCUUUGGGCAGCACCGUUGAGCUGUUGGCCACCGAUGAUCCUGCCUUUGCUGAGGAGGAGGACCAUGAGCUGCAGGUGUAUGAAAAACACGACGAUCUACUGCAUGGGCCUAAGAGGAGGAAGUGAGUGCCUCCCACAGUCUUCCUCCUUGCAGAUAGAUUGCUGUAAUCUCUUCUCCUGCCACACUUACUGUAGCUUAAAACACAGGUGGCUUAAAGCGCAGCCUCCAAACCUUAUAGAAAUGCAAAUCAGUAGCCUAUAUUCAGGGGCCCUAUAUCACAUACACACACCCAAUAUUUUUGCUUUCUCGGGAACUGACAGGAAGUUUUGGUUAGAUAGUAUAAGAGCAGCCCAGCUGGAUCAAACCAAAGGUCCGGCUUUUAUUUUCCAGUGGUGAGCUGUGUGUCUGAAAGUUCACAGGCAGGAGAUGGAGGGAACUGCCCUACUCUUGUUGUUCGCCAGCCUCUCAUUGCAGGGAUGAGCUAUAGAUAGGCUGCAUCUUCCAUGACUCCCCCCUUUUAAAGCUAUCCAACCCCCAACUAGCCCUGCACCUUGUGGCAAUGAAUUCAUUGACUUCCUUACGCUUUAUUGUACUUCUGUCUGUGGUGGAUCUAUUGCCAAUCCAAAGUCAUUGGGUGACAGGUAUUGUGGCAAGAGAGGAGAACUUUUGGCUCCAGCAUUUAUGAGUUUAUAAGCUUUUGUUCAUAUUAUCCUCCUUAGUAGUUCCGCCCCACUAAACUUGAAAGCCUUUAAGCACUGUUACUCUUCCUCAUAGAGAAGAUUCCGCCCCUCCAUCUUUUUGUGUGUUGGGGACCCCCCUACUACUUUCCUUCUCUGCGCAGGGCAGUUCUGGGAGUUGGAGGUAAGGAGAGUCCUCCAGAGAGGCACCCCCCCCCGCAUUUUUCUGAGACUUCCCUCCUGCAAGGUGCUUCCACUACAGUUCUUAAUACAAACAUUAGUUUAGGGAUGUGAGGCUGCAGGGUUCAUAAAAGGGAAAUGGCAAAUGGGUUCACUGGCUUUAAUUCUCAUCUUUUUACAGUUAGGGCUGUGUAUUCGACCCAUUGAAGGGAGGAACCUACUUUGAAUUGCUUACAGAACUUGAUCACUUUGCGUUUGCCAAACAGAGAGAAGAUCGUUAGUGUGGAGUUCAUGAGGAAAUACAUUCAUUUCGCCAAGAUGAUCAAGCCAGUCUUGACCGAGGAAGCAGCAGCCUUCAUCGCUCAGGAAUAUUCUUCUCUUCGCAGUCAGGACCAGAUCAGCUCUGAUGUGGCUAGAGUGAGUAGGGGGCUGGGUCCUUUUUACUGGGAAAAAGGUGGGGGAGGAGAGCAAAGCUGAAAUUGAGAAAAUUACAUAUUACAUGUGAUGUAGUAGCACAAGAACAUUGUGUUAAGACACAAAGAAACCCGAGUUCAGACACCUGCUGAACUGCAGAGGUUUCUGGAUGGCAAUGGGCAUGUGGUUGUUCCUCAGCUUACUUUACACCACUGGACCUCUGAGGUAAAAGCAAUGUUUCUUUUGAACUCUUAGGAGGAGGAACAAAUAAUUGUACUUUAUAUUUGAAUCAAAGUAGCCUUGACUAUGCAGCUGUUUUGCUUUCCGAUGUGCAGCUUAGCUGCUUUUCAGUCAGCCGAACUCGGCCUGGAAAUCCUCACUUUCCUCUCUGAAUAACAGCAGCAGGGGAACAAUGCUAUAGGGCUGCAGCGCUGCUUAAUAAGAGGAUUUUGUGCAGAUAGAAGUCACCUGAGCACCAUAACGUUCCCUGGCCCCCAUCCAUAACAUACAAAAUCUAGGAGUGGAGCCUGUAGCCUCAGAUUAAAAUCCCAUUGAAUUUAAAGCACGCUUUUAAAAAAAAAUGCAACUGCAUGUAACACACUAGUAUUGGCAGAUGGGUGGGCAGAUUCUUUUUAUGGAUCUGAGAAAUUACAUGUACAGUGGACGCUCAGGUUGCAAAUGUGAUCCGUUCGGGAUGCAUGUUCACAACCCGCAGCGGUGUGUCUGCACACGCACGGGUUGCAAUUUGGCGCUUCUGCACAUGUGCGAAGCGCGAUUUAGCGCUUCUGUGCAUAGGCGACCGCCGAAACCCAGAAGUAACCCAGUCCGGUACUUCCGGGUUUCGGCGGUUCUGUAACCUGAAAAAAUGCAACCUGAAGCGUCUGUAACCCGAGGUAUGACUGUAUUUGGUUUUCAUAUUUUUUUCCUUUUUCAAAGGCUGCAUGUAGUUGUCUCCUAGGAGAGACAGAGAGAGAGAGAGAGAGACAUUUGCAGUUCACAUUGUGGAAGAUUACAGGAGCAUGUAGUGCUUAUCAGAGGCUUGUCCUGCAGCUUGAAUUGUCAGCUGCAUAACCUUGGUAGUCUCCUUGCUUGGCUAUAGCAAAAGAGCCCUGUGGCUUCUCCCCUUUAUGUGCUGCUAUGUAUUUGUUCUACAAGUGAUUGCCAGAAAUGGGAGUCUCAUUCUUUUUAUCAUUCAGCAGCUCAAUGGUUCUAUCUUACUUUCCAGACUUCCCCUAUAACGGCCCGUACGCUGGAAACUCUGAUCAGACUCUCAACUGCACAUGCUAAAGCCAGGAUGAGCAAAACAGUGGACAACCAGGAUGCCAAAGCUGCUUUAGAGCUGGUGCAAUUUGCCUACUUCAAAAAGGUGUGCAAACUAUUGUUGGAUUGCCUGUUAUCAUAACAGGCAAAAAAAAAAAAAAAUGCAUCUAACCUGGGGACAGGUAUUUGGUAGCGCUUGGCUUGUAUCUUUUAAUGGUACUAAUGUCAUCCAUUAUUUCAAGUGUUCUUCCCUGUAAAUGUUCCCAAGGUGGCUUAUAGUGAUCAGUAAUUAGAUGGACUUUACCUUCAUAUUCACAAAUGGCAGAAGAGGAUGCUGGUCUUUUCUCAUCGAGUGGCAGAGGUUUGCUUACCAUAUUUUUCGCUCUAUAGGACGCAACGGAUGAUAAAACGCACCUAGUUUGGGGGGGGAGGAAACAAGAAGAAAAAAAUUCUGAACCCCAGAAGCCAGAACAGCAAGAGGGAUCUGGCUUCUGGGAUAGCCUCUUGCUGUUCUGGCUUCGGGGACAGCCCUCACCCUGCUGCCCUGCGGAAGCUUUGUGCAGCUAACCCCAAGCUAGAACAGCGAGACGGAGCGCUGCGCAGUGCUCCGUCUCCCUGUUCUGGCUUUGGGCUUAGCCGCGCAGCCUGCAUUCGCUCCAUAAGACGCACACAUAUUUUCCCUUACUUUUUAGAAGGGAAAAAGUGUGUCCUAUAGAGCGAAAAAUACGGUAAUUGUAUUGCUGCUCCAAAAACCUAUAGUGUUAUCUGCUGUGCAGAGUUUUGUAAUGGCUCAGCACUUGUGUGAAUUGCUACACAGAUGUUGCUGGAUUGGACAGGAGAACUCCAUCACUCUGCUGAGUCCAGGAACCAGAAUUAUUGCUGCUGUGCUGAAGCUUUUCCCUGACAAUGGUCAUUGCUGUGCACAGCUCUACUGCACAAAGUAGAGCUCUAUUGCACUUGACUUCUGGCCAGGGUUGAGGCAGGACCAAUUACUAGUCCUUCAGGAGGGGAUCAAAGGGCCGUUUGCUUGUGCUGAAGCAACACAUGCAUCCUUGUUCCUGAAGGGUAAAGGGUUUUCAGUAGCAAAAAGUAAGUGCACCAUGGUGCUGCCCCACUUAGCCAAGGGCAGAAUGAGAGAGUGCAGGUAACUAUUUACCAUGUGGUGACUUGCAGCACUGUUAGGACCACUUGAUAAGUCAGUUGUUGUAGUAGUAUCCUUCCAAGAGACAAAAAUCUUGUCAUUCCCCCCCCCCCCAUCUUGCAGAUUUCUGAGCAGUUGUGCAUAGGUGAUAAAAUUCUCUUCACUUGGCUUGUGUUUGGUAUCUUGACACACAUCGGCAAUCCUUUCAUACAAAGGGUGAGAUUGGGAAAUGAAAGGAGGAAUGCUGCAGGUUGGAUGAGCAGAAGAAAUGGAGCACGCUGCCUCCUCUGCUGCCCAGACACCCUGAACUCAUGAGGAAGGGGCGUAGCUUGGUGGUAGAACACAUGCUUUUAUGUUCAAAAGAUCAGCUGUCUCCAGGUAGGGCCGAGAGAGGCUCCUGUUGGAAACACUGGAGAAUGGAAGUGGUACUCAGUUAGAUGGACCAACAGUGUGAUGCAGUAAAAUACACCUUCCUUUAUUAGUAACUAAUGUACCGUAUUUUUCGUUCCAUAAGACGCACCUUUUUCCCUCCAAAAAGGGAAAAUGUGUGUGCGUCUUAUGGAGCAAAUGCAGGCUGCGCAGCUAUCGCUGAAGCCAGCAGAGCAAGAGCGAGAGCUGCGCAACGCCUCUUGUUCUGCUGGCUUCCCAGCGAAGCGGGAGGAGGAACGGAAGGGAGCCCUUAUGGAGCCCCUUCUGUCCCUCAUCCUGCUUCGCUGGGAAGCCAGCAGAGCAAGAGAUGCUGCGCAGCUAUCGCUCUUGCUCUGCUGGCUUUAGCAAUAGCUGCGCAGCUUGCUCUGGCUUUUCAGGGAGGUGGGAGAAGGGACGGAGGGCAGCCCGUCAGUCCCUUCUGCCGCCUCCCGGAAAAGCCAGCAAGAGCCGCUCUAUCUUUAAAGAGGCUUGCUGAGCGAGCGUGUCUGCGGCUCUUGCUGGCUUUUCUUGUUUUCCUCCUCUAAAAACUAGGUGCGUCUUAUGGUCGUGUGCCUCUUAUAGAGCGAAAAAUACGGUAUAUGAAUCUGCCCCUCGUUACUUGGACAUUAGCUGGUUGAUCCUGAUCUCAGCUCCAUGUCAUUGACGGCAAGCUGGAGCCAACAGAAGCUGCAGUGGCUAUACUAAGUAAUGAAUGCUUACUUCUCUAGUAGUGUUCCUGGGGGCUUUCGAGUGAGAUUGUGGGUGGGUUGUGCCUUCUUGAGACAUGUAGGAGAAUUUACAGUCUCCUGAAUUACAAAGCAUUUCACAGAUGCAGGUGGUCAGCUUAUUGACUGUAGUUAUACUGAGUAAAUCAAUCUCUUUGUCCAUACAGCCACCAUUUAUUUAUAUAAGAAUAUUUAUUUACUGCCAUUUCAUUUUUUUAAUUAAGUAGUUCACAACAGCUGUGCAUAAAACCAUACAAUAAAAAUAAUAUAAAACAAAUUUAAAUCAAAUAACUAUUGUGGAAAUAGGUAUUCUUAAUUGCCUGCAUAAGCCUGAUGGAAUAAAAAGGUGUCUUAGCUAGUCGCCACAUAAUUUUGGUCCAGCGAGCAGGAAAAUCAGAGUCAGUUUUUAUCAGGUGUGUUGUGAAACGAAUGGUUGCAUUCUUCUACACAUUGUCUCUAAAUCCUUGCAGUAUUAAUCAUAACACAGAAGUCAACAUGCUUCUGUGCAGGUUAUAUGUCUCCUCAAGCUACAGUGUUGGGUAUCUCAUUUAUUUGGAGACUGAACCUUAAUUAAGGCUUAAAACCACCUAAGAUUCACCCUCCUGUUCUAAGGAGCCACAUUGCUGAUGGCUUCUGCCCCCCCUUUUUUUUUGCACCUUCUGAUUAUUAUUUUUUUAUUAAAGAUUUUCUUGGUUUACAAAAGUAUGUGCAAUCUCUCUUUUUUUCUCCAAGUAACAUUUUUUACAGAUCAGUUUCAUUUGUUGAGACAUUAGGAAGAAAAGGGGAAAAGAGGUGGGGGGGUGGGGUCGGGUGGCGAUGUUUCUAUUUUACUUAAUAUAUGUGGGGUUUUGUGUCAGCAUCGCUUGUGCAGGUUCUCUGCUAUUCACUUGUGUUCCUUUGGUGGUGAGAGAGGUUGGGGUUAGCCUAGGGUGUGGUUGUUUGUUUGUGAUUGGCUGUGGUGAUCUUUGUUUUCAUGUGUGAGUGGGGUAGGUGGGUGUUUUGGAUCAGGUUAGCCAUAUUGAUUUGUAUGUUGUUGGUGGAUUUUUGUCAUUGUCUUGUUGGGCUGUGUAUAUGGCUUCUGCCUUUAAGACUUCUCGGCUCCUGAGCAAAUGGCUGAUUAGCUGACCUACUUAUAGAUUCUUUGGGCUUCUCUCAUUUCAAAGGUUUUGGAAAAAGAAAAGAAGCGAAAGAAGCAGACUGAAGAUGGUUCAGACCCAGACACGGAGAAUGAAGCUGCACAAGAAAGUGAAACGAGAGAGAAAAAGAGGUAAGUAAAGAAAAGCGGUGUAAGGAGAACCCACAUGUGCUUUUUUGUUCUUCAAGAAAAAGUCUUCAUUGGGCAACAGAUAGCAAAACCACAAAAUUGUCAUAUUUAAUGGAUCAUCUUGCAUUUCCAUCUCAUUGCAACUAUCUGUUCAGCCGGUGGCUCACUUGGUGGGUUGCUUUCAGACAGUUACAUGCAACUCACUGGCCCAGAUAAUUUGGGUCACAUUGUGUGUGUUUUGCAUAAUGCACAAGCUGUGUGGCUGCACAGAAUAAUGUACAGGGUGGGGAACCUCUGGCUCACAGAGCAAGCGUGAGGCCAUUUUCAGGAACCCCACCAGACAUCAUACAUGAUGACAGGUGCGGGGAAGGGAGGGAGGCACUUCAAAGCAACAAUUGGGAGCUUAAAGCAAGCAAGAUGCACUUCCGGUCCUAUGGAAAGCCCUUGCCAGGAUGCUUGCUUGGAAGUUCUGAAAGAUGGGGCUUCAAAGGGAAGCAUCACAUGACGUCAGGUGAUGGGCAGGUGGGCAGCUUUGAAACAACUCGUUUCUAUUUUUUUUUUUAAUUUUUUAUUAAAUUUUCCAACAUACAUUUAUAGUAUCCAAUCUAAAUUUAUCACAUAUUUUCUCUUUUAGACUUCCUUCAACCUCUCUGACAAUCAUCCAUUAUUCAAAUUUUUAAAUACGCAUUUCCUAAUUUUAUAUUGCAUUUUAUAAACCUUCACACACUUAGUUUUCAUCAAUACAAUAGUCCUCUAUCAUUUACAGAACUUCUUGAAAUCCCACUAGUGUUAUUUGCUCAUCACAUACACAUUUCAGAUAGUCUGAAAAUUUUCCCCAGUCUUCAAUGAAUUUUUGAUCUCGUAUAUAUCUGAUCUUUCCUGUUAGUUUGUCUAGUUCAGCAUACUCCAUCAGUUUCAUUCUCCAUUCUUCGAGCGUCGGCAGUUGUUCCUGUUUCCAUUUUUGGGCCAAUAAUAUUCUCGCUGCUGUUACUGCAUAUUGGAAAAGUUUACAGUCCAUUCUAUUUAUUUCAUUUCCUACUAUUCCUAGAAGAAAAGCCUCUGGUUUCUUAACAAACGUAUAUUUCAACAUCUUUUUCAUCUCAUUAUAUAUCAUUUCCCAGAAGCCCUUCACCUUCUUACAAUCCCACCACAUAUGAUAAAAUGUUCCUUCUUUUUCUUUACAUUUCCAACACUUAUUACAUGUUUUAUACAUUUUUGCCAGUUUCACAGGUGUGAUGUACCAUCUAUAAAUCAUUUUCAUAACAUUUUCCUUUAACGCAGUACAUGCCGUAAAUUUUAUAUUUUCAUUCCACAGUUUUAUCCAAUCAUUAAACUGUAUAUUAUAACCCAAAUCUCUGGCCCAGUGUAUCAUAACCGAUUUAACUUCCUCAUCUUUUGUAUACCAUUCUAGCAAGAUUUUAUACAUCUUGGACAAAAUUUUAUUUUCAUUGUUUAUUAUUUCUAUUUGAAAUUUCGAUUCUUUUACCUCAUAACCUCUUUCUUUUAAGUCCUUUUUAAACAUUUCGUUAACCUGAUAAUAAUGCAACCAAUCAUACACAUACUCUUUCAUUUCUUCAUAGGAUUUCAUUUUCCAUUUUCCUCCUUCCUUUAUAAUCAAUUAUUUAUAUGUAAUCCAGUUCCCUCUCAUAUUGACUUUCUUAAGACUCAUAACUUCUAACGGAGAUAGCCAGUGGGGAGUUCUUGAUUCUAAUAAACUUCUAUAUCUCUCCCAUAUUUCUAUGAGAGAUCUUCUAAAGAUGUGGUUUUCAAAACCUUUAUGAAUCUUUCUUUUCUCACACCAUAGAUAUGCGUGCCAGCCAAAUCUGUUAUCAAAACCUUCUAAGUCCAAUAACUCAGUAUUUUUUAACUUUAUCCAUUCUUUCAACCAGCAGAGACAUGAAGCUUCAUAAUAUAAUUUCAAGUCUGGCAGGGCGAAGCCGCCUCUUUCUUUCGCAUCCGUUAAUAACUUAUACAUAAUUCUUGGCUUCUUACCCUGCCAGAUAUAUCUUGAAAUUGCUCUUUGCCACUCUUUAAAUAUCGCUGUCCCCUUAAUUAUUGGAAUUGUCUGAAAUAAGAAUAACAUCUUUGGCGGCACACUCAUCUUAAUCGUUGAAAUUCUCCCCCAGAAGGAUAACUUCAUUCGGCCCCACACCUCUAGAUCUUUCUUUAUUCCCUUCCACACUGGCACAUAAUUAUUCUGAAACAAAUCAAUACUCUUGGGGGUUAACCAGAUUCCCAGGUAUUUAACUUUUUUCACCACUUCUAUCCCUGUUUGUUGUUGCAUUGUUUCUAUCAUACCUUGAUCCAUAUUUUUUGCUAACAUUUUAGUUUUUUUCUUAUUCAAUAUAAACCCUGCCACUUGACCAAAUUGUUCAACUUCCUCCAAAACAACUUUUGAACUUUCCGGCGGUUCUUCCACUGUUAUUACCAGAUCAUCAGCAAAGGCUUUUACUUUAUAUUCAUUACGGCCUACUGACACACCUUUUACUGCUUCAUUUCUCCUUAUUGAAUUUAGGAAAAUCUCCAGAACCAUUAUGAAUAACAAUGGUGAAAGAGGACAUCCUUGUCUCGUACCUUUUGAUAUUUUUAAUUCUUCCGUAGUCAUAUUGUUUACAAUCAGCUUAGCUCUUUGUUCAGUGUAUAUCACUUUUAUUCCAUUAAAAAAUUCAUUCCCCACCUCCAUGUGUUCUAAAUUUUUUAACAUAAAGUCCCAAUAUAUAUUAUCAAAGGCCUUUUCUGCAUCCACAAAUAUUAACACUGCUUGUUUCUCAUUCCUGGCUGUCAGAGAUUCUGACAGAUUGACUAUAUUCCUUAUAUUAUCCUUCAUCUGUCUGCCAGGAAGGAAACCCGCUUGAUCUUUAUGUAUAACUUCUUGUAACACCUUUUUCAACCUCUUUGCUAAGAUACUUGCAAAGAUUUUAUAGUCCAAAACAACUUGUUUCAAUAGGUAACCAGUGCAGUCUACGCACAGCAAAUGGGUUGCACAUUCCUUCUCCAACCCAAAAUAAUGACAUCUAAAACAAAAAGCAAUAUUAUUGUGUCCCCCCCCCAAUACAUCCACCUGAAUGGCUACAAUUAGGUUACUGCAUAGAAUAUGGCUUUUAAUGUAAAAUCUAGAAUAAUUUGGACUGCUUUCUUCUAAAGCAGGGAUGUGGGGACCUUUGGGCUUCCAGACGUAGUUGAGUUACCGCUUCCCUCAGCCUUGACCAUUGACCAUGCUGUCUAGAGCUGAUGGGAGUUGUAAUUGAGCAAUAUCUGAAGGGCUGCAAGUUUCAAACCCAUCUGAAGGACAAACCCGAAGUAGGUACUAAAACUAGAAGGGUCUGGAAGGUACUUUAUUCAGUCCGUAGCUUUCUGCCUCCCAUUGUCACUGGCUUCCAGUCUUACCCUCCUUUUCAGUCCCCUACCCAGGUAGAAGAUAGGAGGGAGGGAGAGUUUCACAGAAUAAGUUUUUAUAGUUUUAAAAAAAUAAAAUGAGGUUUCUAGCUCAAUAUCUCCUCUCCCUCCCUUUCUCCACAAAUCUACACACUCCAGGUAUUUCUAUCCAUUUGUGGGUGGUGAGAAUAUUGCUAUAAACUUUUUGUCCUUCUGUAGGAGGAAGACGCGUUCUAGUGGUCAUGAGCCAGUGGAAGGGGAGACUCAUGAUCCCUAUUCCUUCAGCGACACUGAAGAGGAAAUGCCAGAAGGUGAGCAGUUUCCCUCCGGUCUUCCUCAGGCUAGUUGAUGAAUGGAUUCAGAUCAAAAAAAGCAUUCCUGCGCUAUAUUUUUGAUUCAUUUGCACAGUAGAAUCUGCCCACAAGGGAUUUCAGCAUGCAGUUGGCUGCAAAAGUCACUUCACCUCUGGCAAGCUUGCUGAAAGUGUGAUAGCUUUGGAGCUGCUUAGUGUCAACUCGCAGACUUCGCUGGAGAACUCCCCAGACUAUGAAAAACUGUUGCUUUUCUGUUUUCGCCAUUCCAGAAUUUACCACUUGCACAGUGUUCAUAUACACAGUGCAGUGGUACCUCGGGUUACAUACGCUUCAGGUUACAGACUCCGCUAACCCAGAAAUAUUACCUCGGGUUAAGAACUUUGCUUCAAGAUGAGAACAGAAAUCGUGCGGCGGCAGCGCAGGGGCAGCAGGAGGCCCCAUUAGCUAAAGUGGUGCUUCAGGUUAAGAACAGUUUCAGGUUAAGAACAGACCUCCAGAACGAAUUAAGUUCUUAACCCGAGGUACCACUGUAUUUGUUUCUCCAGUACUUGCAAACCUUUUGAGUUAACUUUGCUCUUGGGUCUCUUAAAAUCCACUGCUCUUCAACCCAAAAAAGUGUUUUAUUUUUCUGUGGUAACAGUACUCAAGAAAUAAAAAGGUAUGUAACAGGGCAACCCUACAGAAGAUGGCUGAGGAAUAAAUCGCACUGAGUUCAGUGAGACUUGUUACUAGGUUUGUGGAUGUAGGAUUAUAGCAUCAGUCAUAGGUCUUGGUUUGAUGCCUUUGCACUAGACCACACGGGUUGCCUGUUAAAUAUUUGCUAUAUAAAUAGGAUAAUUUCCAGUGUGUUGGUUUGUUGCAGCAAAAACAACAAAGUCUUAUAGCUUAAAGACUGAACAAGUCUAUUAGAGCAACAAAUCUGUUAUUCAUUAAUUACCCGUUAGACACAUCUGAUAAAGAGGAUGAAUCCAUUAAAGUUUGUUGGUAAAUACUUGACAUUGCAUUCCCCUAUUUUCUGACACCUUCAAGACUAACUCAUCUCUCCUUGAUAUUAUUUAGUUGAGGCACACACUCCCAAGACUACUGAACCCGUGGGCACUGGUGAGACGAAGUCAAAGUUGGCUGAAUCCAGGUGGGUAGUAUGCAAAUAAAUAUUACAGGUCAGAGUUUAAUGGGAUUCAGGCUCAAGCACUAGUGUGAUCCUUGAGACUUUGCAGAAUUACAAGUAGUCUUGUGGCUGGUCAUUUUGAAAAUGUGGUAGUUUAAAUAAAUAAAACAAAGAAGGCCAUGCUUAUUCUGACCCUUGAUGUGAAAACUCAUUUGUCAGUAUUAUUUUCAGAGGCUAACAGUGCAAUCUCAACUGUGUCUACUCAGAAAUAAGUCCUAUUGAAUGAGACUUACUCCCAGAUAAGGGCAGUUGGGAUUUCAGUCUUAUUUUAUUUUUUUGUAGUUCAAAGUAAUUUUAUAAUAAGACCCAAGAUUGUCAUGUCUGAAAGAUUGUCAAAUGAUGCUAGUUAUUUAUGACUAAGGUAUGCAAAUUAGCUGCAUCUCUUUUGGUUCAUUGUGAAGUUUCAUGUUGAUCCAGUGAGGGAUUUUCCCAUCUUUCCCCCCCCACCACCCCGAGCCUCAUAAGGCAUAAACAUAAGGAUUUCCUUCAGUGGCUUCAUGGCUGGCCUUUUUAAGAUCCAAAGUGCCCCACUUGAGGGAUCAUUCAGUUCACCCUCUUUCACCCAGUUCUGUAUUCUUUCUAUUAAAGAUGGAUAGAGACUGCAGACUGCUGUCGCUUCCUGCAGCAGAAACACAGUGGCAUCUUGUGGCAGAGGCAGAGAAUAAUAUGCAAACAGCGGUGGGAGACUCAGAGCUCAAACACUGUUCUUUAAAAGCAUCUUAGCUGCUUCAUGGCUUGAGAGCCUAGCCGAGUUCUGUGUAGCCAAACCAUACUGUUUGACUCCUUGUUUGUUUUCUUCUACCUGCACAGACUGAAAGCAUUCAAGGCUGCCCUUCUGGAGGUAUUCAAAGCUGCUCAUGCGCAGUCUGUGGGGUUGAAGAGCCUAAUGGAGUCCAUCAAUCGAGACAACCCAAACCCUUUUUCAUCUGCGGAAGUCAAGGUGGCCUUGGAACAGAUGCAAGAUGACAACCAGAUCAUGAUGUCAGAUGACAUAAUUUUCCUGAUCUGAUGAACAGCUCCAUGGUGUGGAGAAUCCCCUUUUCAGCACCUUCCUAUAGGGACCAUCUAAAAAGUUUGGCUUGCCUCACCUGAGCCAUCUAGAUUAGGAGAACUGACUGCAACUUGGGAUGCCCAUGUUAUAAAACAUUUAUGUGGGUUUAUUUGCCUUGGGUUUUUUCUUCUUGCAAGGGAGAACACAUUUACAUUCAAAAGUACUUAAUUGCAAUUUUUAGUUAAAAAUCACUGGUAUGUCCUAAAGAAACCAGUGGUGGAAAGAAACAUCUGUGCAAAUCUCCUGUUGUUAAACGUAUAGAGGCUGACAUAGCACAGUGGUGCAAUUAUAAGCUUUUCACCUUUGUCCCCUCAACCAUCACAGCCUAUCAUGCCUGCAAUUUGUUGUUAUUUAGCAGCUCAAAUUUUCUUCACGAAUGUAAUUACUUGACACGGACUUUUAAUAAAUAACCCAAAUGUGGUUGUAGUGAAUGAAGCUAUUAAAGUAUAUUUGCAACCAAAGACAAAUAUUAAAUUUCUCUCACUGUUUAUCUGUACUCAUGCGUAGCUCCUCUUCCCCAUUAUAUACACUGUCAGCUUUGCCUCUGGGAACAAAGAUUCCAAAAUUAAAUCAUGGCUGAGUCAUGUUUCUGUUACAUAAUGUUGAAAGCAAUUGCUUUUUUCUGAAGUUAUUUUGGUUACUGGAGUAUAGCAUGCAUCAAGAUGAUCCUGGAAGCCUCAUCUUGCAUACAGCUAGAGAAAAUUACUUCUACAGGCAUCUACAUGUCUCCCUCAUAAGACAGCCAUGUGUCUUAACAUUGCAAAGUGAUAUGGGAAUUGAGCUAGGAAGGCUAAAAACUUCUUUUUGUAUUCUGCCUUUGGUCUUUAUCUUGUCCUUUUUGAUACCGCGGGAGUUUUGCAGCUAGAAUUAAAAUGGAAAAUGUAUAGAAAUAGUAAAAGCCAUUCUAAAAAAUAUAUAUUUUUUAAGAUUGCAAGGAAAAUGUAUAUUUUUAAAGAUUGCAAUAGAACAUUUGGGAUAUUUGCUUGCAUUUAUUUGUAAGCAGAACUUCCUUAACCUGAGAUAUCUGCUAGUAUCUAGGAGGGUGAUGAGCAGGUUGGGUGCUGUCUGCUUUGGGUGAAGCUUGGUUCCUGAGGUGGCCCUGCUCCAGGGCUGGUUCCAAGGUGCAUAGCAUCUGCCGCUACAAAACAUUUGUGCAGAAUUGUGUUUUCUACAAGUGCAGUGCCUCCCCCUGAAUUUUUAAUCUCUUCUUCAUUUUCCUUGUCUCUCUUAAAAUAAACUUUCAUUUAUUUCUCUUUUUGUAUAUAAUUUUUAUUAAAUUUUCUGUUUUACAAGUUAAAAUACUCAUUUUACAUCCUUAAGAUAGCAAUAACUUCCCUUCUUCUCUUCCCAUGGUUCAUUUAAUUAUCAUAAAUCGCUGCAUAUUUUACAAAAACUAUACCAUUCAGUAUUCCAUUAUUGCAUCCAUCAAAACCUAUUUACACUGUUGAAUUUAUCUUAAUGCUGCCAGCGUUUUAAGCUGUACACAAUUAUUUCCCAUAUAUUCAAUAAACGUUUUCCAAUCUUCUU